GUAACAUCAAGUUUUCUAGAAGAAGGACAAUCCAUACCUAUAAGGAUGUAGUGUCUAGUACCAUGUCAAGCCCAUAUGUGUUAUUUGGCUUCUGGACGGAUCAAUUUAUUCAUUCUUCUUUAGUCACAUUUUGAACUUGUCAAUCACUCGCUUAUUAACCUUGUUUGUUUCUAUAUUGCAAUAUUAUGGAUUUUAAACCCAUAAAUGAUUUACCAGAAUCAACAUAUUCACAAUAUGCUUGUUUUGAUGUAUUGCGUUUAGCUACAGUACGUGGAGCUGAAUUAGCAUCUUUUGAAUCUAGUGUCAAUGUUUUAACUAGCACUGCACUUACUGGACUUCAACGAUUGCCUGUUCGUUUACGAAGACGCGCUGCAAGUCAUCGUAUCAAUAGAUUACCUCGUCGUUUUCAUAAACAUCAUCAUCUUGCAAACCCUAAUGAGAAUGGUUCUAAGUCUGGGACAUUUCGAAUUAAAAAUAAAUUAAAAUCCCGCCGAUAUCGUCGGCGUACAUUACGUCUUUUAGCUUUACAUGCACGUUUUAUUACAACAAAUAAACAUAAUAACCAUUUAAAAAAGAAAAAAUCAUUCUGGUUACCAACACAUAUAUGGCAUGCUAAACGAUUUCAUAUGAUUACAAAAUGGGGUUGGCGUUUACCUUAUGCACCAACGAAUAAAAUAUUCAAAGCAUGUUAUAAAGCAUCUCAUAAUGGUUGUUUAUUGUUUGACGUCAGUUAUCUUAAUUGUUUCCAAAUAUAUGGACCUGAGAAUAUGUUAAUGAAAUGUUUAAAUGAUGUAUUUCAAUUAGAUUAUCAAGUUGAUUCUUGGCUUCCUGAAUUGUCUAACAUGAAAACUCCUUUAUGGUCAUGUGAACAAACUGGAAUUUUAUACGCAACUAAUAAAUACGUUAAAGAUAUUUCUCGUCCAGUACUUGGACCUGUUCGAAUUCUAUGGGGUUCAUUAAAUUCACUAAACGAAAGCUUUCGUCAUAUUUGGUUAUGGCUUCAUCCAGCAAUGUCUGCAUCAGCUUGGGAAUUACUACAAACUUCUAUUAAAGAAGUCAAUUCUUUAAAUGAUACACAAUGUGCACUUGAACUAGAUGAUGUAACGGGUUACUUUUGUCGCCUUCGUUUAAUCGGUCGACAAUCACAUGGAUUAAUCAGUGAUAUUAUUCAAUUGAAGAAUGGGAGUACACUUGACGAAAAUUGGAAAUCUUGGAAUAAUGUUUCUACAAGUAUACGUGAAGCUGUCUGUGUCCCAUCGGGACUUGUUAUUAGUCUACAGGAUUGUGAAAAUUUCCGUUCUAAUAGGCCACGUUUGAAAAUUCGUAAUCGAAAUUGGUCUCUCAUGCCAAUCAAAUUAAGUGACAAUGAUCCUCAAAAUCAGGACCAAUUACGUAUGAAUGAAUCGUUAAAUAACAAAUCUGGUUUCGUACUACCUUCUGGUAAACAAUUAUCUUGGUUAGAUAUUAAGAAAUUCUAUCCAAAUCACACUAAUUCACCUGACCAAUUACUCUCAACAAAAAUUAAUCUGCAAACUAAAGAAAACAGUAUAGAUGUUGUUUUGAUCCAGAAUAGUACACCGUCAUUGAUUCGUUCGUCACCUGAAACCGUUGGUUGGGAUAUAAUAUUACGACGAAAUUUUCCACAGUCAGAUAAUGAUUUAUUACUUCGUGGUUCUUUAACAGCGCGUGAUUUUCUUAUAGCUUGUGUUUAUCGAGGAGCUGAAGUUGGAGGUCUACGAGAUUUAUAUUAUUGGGCGGGACUUGGAACAUGUGCAGGUGGACGUUUUGAUUCAUUUCCAGAAACUUUAUGGCCUGAUACCUUAGCUGGUCGGAAAUCUGCAGAAAUUGUCACUAAAGAGAAGUUAAAUAAAUUGAUUCGCCUUCCAAGUAAUUUACGCCCUGAUUUUACUAAAUUCGGUAUUACUUGUCCAUUUCUUUAUCCUUGGUCUGAACUGAUUACACAAAAUUCUAUAAGUAUUGGAAAAACAACGGAUUCAAUUGUUUCAUCAACACUUUCUAGUAAUGAUAAUGUAAUUACAUCUAGUUCAGUUGAUAAUAAUCAAUGGUUUGUUCUUCGUGAACCAGGAUUACUUCGUUUAGUUGUACAUAGAAUGAUCAUUGGAGAAAAUCGUGCUAAAUUAUCAUUACAACAAUUGUAUAAUUAUAAUUCAUUACUUUUAAAUGCAAUUAUUCUAGUUUAUGUGAAAACUGAACACCGAGGUGUACCACAGGCAUAUGCGCGUAUUUACGCAUUCUAUCCUAAUGAAUCUACUAGAAAAAAUUCAAAAGAGGAUAACAGUAAUCCUGUGACUAAUUCAGCAGAUGAUAAGGAAUCUCCUCAGAAUCCUCGUCUUCUAAUUGGUUAUGUUCAAGAUGGUGGUUAUGGUCAGUCACUAGGUCGUGGAAUUGGAUUGGGUUUUAUCAGUUUAAGUGCUUUAUCGAAUGCUUUGAAUUUGAUUAACACUUCCAAAAGAAUAAAAUAUUGCAUUCAAAAUCCUACGUCACAUCAAUCCUAUAAUGUCAGACUUUCUGUAGUGAUUUAAGCAAGAUAUUCAGUUACUAUGUUUAUUGUCUAUAAUGUAAAAAAGCAAUAUAAUUUAUACGAAGUAUCUGCUUUCAGUUUGUAACACAGUAUGUAAUACCUCUUUAAUGUCAUAAUCUCUUCAACCACCGAUUAAGAUUAUCUUCCAAACUCUAAACAGUUAGUUCACGUUUUCCAGUGUUAGUUUAUAAUUUUAGUAACUAAUGCGACUGCUACUCUGAAUCUUCCAUCCUCUUCUUAAUUACUGUAAUAUUACUUAACGAAUAUAGGUUGCAAUCGGGUACUCACAUUCGAAACUUUCCAUUCAUUACGAAUAUUGUUUCUUGAAUUUUGCUUAAUCCUUGUUUGUAACUGUAACAAUAUUGGUUAAAAUGUCCUAAAUGUGUCAUUGGAACACAUCACAAUACUGAAAAUCUCCGAAAAAUACAUUUAUGCGGCCUCCUAAAUUGAUAUUGAAUAUUAAAGUUGGUGGUUAUUUUUGGUUUAACAGAACUAUUAAUCUGUGUCCUGUAAAUCUACCAAUCUGUCUACUAUUACGUAAUGAAUGUAUAAGUCAAUGGAAAUAAAUUUAACUAUCUCCAACGGGAUAUCUGCUAAAUACGUUCAGUGAUGAUGUCAUCAAUAUUUACAACUAUAUCUGUUA